UACAUAUAAUCUAUCUAUCUAUCUAUGAAAGAAAAAAGGAGGGCCAUAAAAUAAAGACGAGAAAACAAUGAGUGAAAUAACAAGAAGCAAAAGUGUACUCUCAUCAGUAAGUUCUGAAUUGGAUUUGGAUAGACCCAAUAUCGAAGAUUAUCUUCCUUCUGGAUCCCUUCAUGAACCUCGUGGCAAGCUUCGUUUGAGGGAUUUGAUUGAUAUUUCUCCUGCUCUUACCGAAGUUGCUGGUGCAGUUGUUGAUGACUCUUUCACACGUUGCUUCAAGUCAAAUCCUCCAGAGCCCUGGAACUGGAAUAUCUAUCUGUUUCCUUUAUGGUGUUUUGGAGUUGUCGUCAGAUACUUCAUUAUUUUCCCUGUAAGGGUCCUAGUUUUAACGGUUGGAUGGAUUAUAUUCCUCUCUCUCUACCUGCCAGUUCAUUUCUUAUUGAAAGGACAUGAUAAGCUCAGGAAAAAAAUAGAGCGUUCUCUCGUGGAACUGAUUUGUUGUUUCUUUGUUGCGUCAUGGACUGGGGUUAUUAAGUAUCAUGGUCCACGGCCAAGUAUGAGACCUAAGCAGGUUUAUGUGGCCAAUCAUACCUCAAUGAUUGACUUCGUUAUUUUAGAACAAAUGACUGCAUUUGCUGUCAUCAUGCAGAAGCAUCCUGGUUGGGUUGGAUUGCUGCAAAGUACUAUCUUAGAAAGUGUUGGAUGUAUUUGGUUCAACCGUACAGAAGCUAAGGACCGUGUUAUUGUACAGAAAAAGUUGAGAGACCAUGUAAAUGGACCUGACAAUAACCCUGUUCUUAUAUUUCCAGAAGGCACCUGUGUUAAUAAUGAGUAUACAGUCAUGUUUAAGAAGGGUGCGUUUGAGCUGGGUUGCACCGUGUGUCCUGUUGCUAUCAAGUACAACAAGAUUUUUGUUGACGCUUUCUGGAACAGUAGGAAACAAUCAUUCACAAUGCAUCUGCUUCAAUUAAUGACAUCCUGGGCUGUAGUUUGUGAUGUUUGGUACCUGGAACCCCAGACGUUAAGACCCGAAGAGACUGCCAUUGAAUUCGCCGAGAGGGUUCGAGACAUGAUUUCUCAUAGAGCCGGUCUCAAAAAGGUUCCUUGGGAUGGUUACCUUAAGUAUUCACGCCCUAGCCCCAGGCUCACAGAAAGCAAGCAACAAGGCUUUGCCAAAUCGAUACUGCAACGGUAUCACGAAAAGUGAUUCGAGCUUGCCGUCUUUUGGUGAAGAGAAGAAUAUUAUUGGAAUCUACACAUAAUUAAAAAUAUUACAGCUAAAAACAAAGUAUUGUUGCUUUGACAUGAGAAGAAGAAAGGUAAACGCCAGAGCUGGCCUCAUCAAUUGACUAUUGGGAUGCCAUUAUUGUCCAAAUAUUGAAAAUUAAGACUCAUUAUUUCUUAUGUAGGAGUAUAUAUUACAAUGGUGGAAACAACUAAUCUUGACUGGCGUUUAGAUAUUUUUAUUCCGAUUUCCUUUUUUUUAGCCUGUCUAAUAAUAAAAUAACUAUAAUUUGGGAUAAUGAUAUCAAUAAAUAUCAUUGCUAUGUAGUUCCGUAUUUCACUCACUAUAUCAGCUACAUCAUUAGAGCAAAAAUAUGUUACAUGUAUGUUGCUUAUUUUUUCAUUUGGAAUAUCCCAUUUGUAUGUAACACUUUAUAAAUUGACAAUAAUUUCGUAUUUUCUCUAUG